ACCUGAAAUUACUUCACGGGCCGAUGUAUGGGCACUUGGUAUAACAACAAUUGAACUAGCAGAUGGCCAACCGCCUUUUGCCGAUAUGCAUCCCACCCGCGUUAUGUUCCAAAUAGUACGUAAUCCUCCGCCUACUUUAUUACGACCAACAAAUUGGUCUCAGCAAAUUAAUGAUUUCAUAUCGGAGUGUUUGGAAAAAACUGUUGAAAAUCGCCCAAUGAUGGUUGAAAUGAUUGAACAUCCGUUUUUGAACGAACUAUUCGACAACGAUGAAGAAAUACAAGCAGAUAUUCGUGAGCUGCUGGUUUUCUGUAGAGACGCUCCAGCUAUAUAUAAGGAACCAGAAAUAUUCGUUGAUCGUGGUUAUAUAAAACGCUUCGAUGGAAAGCCAGAACGUAUGUAUCCAGAAGACUUAGCAGCUAUCGAGAAUCCAACGGAAGAACUCAUUUCGGACUCACUUAGAAACCGCAUGGAACUUGGCGGGUCUUAUAGUUUUAUCGGAGACAUUUUAUUGUCGCUAAACUCUAAUGAUUUACAACUAGAUUUCGAUGAAGAGUUUCACAUUAAAUAUAAAUUUAAGUCACGUUCACAAAAUUCUCCACACAUAUUUGCUGUGGCUGAUAUUGCUUACCAGGAUAUGCUUCAUCAUAAGGAACCGCAGCAUAUCGUGUUUUCAGGAGAAAGCUUUUCCGGAAAAUCAACCAAUGUCCGUUUACUCAUAAAUCAUUUAUGUUAUCUUGGAUCUGGCAAUCGUGGAGCUACCACACGAGUGGAAAACUCAAUCGAUGCAAUUCAAAUGCUCGUUAAUGCUGGCACACCUAUCAACAAUGAGUCUACAAGAUGCGUGUUGCAGUACUUCCUAACGUUCGGGCAGACAGGAAAACUCAGUGGAGCCGUUUUCAAUAUGUAUAUGCUGGAAAAGCUUCGAGUUUCCACAACCGAUAUGAAUCAACACAAUUUCCAUAUCUUCUACUAUUUUUACGACUUUAUGAAUAGUAAAAAUUUACUAAGAGAAUACCAUUUAAACAGUGAUCGUGGCUAUCGUUGUCUUCGAAUACCUGCAGAAUCCCAACCUACUAAACUAAAAUACCAUCGCGAUGAUCCCAUUGGAAAUGUAGAGAAUUAUAAACGAUUUGAAUCUAUUUUGCAGGACCUUGAUUUUAAUCAUAAACAGCUGGAAACUUUGCGGAAG